ACCAUAAAGGUGAUUAUUUAAUCCAAACAAGCCACACCGCAGCAGCUAGCUUGACGAGGAAUGGAGCUUUUGACAGCUGUCUUGCUUCUAACACUUUUAGGGCUAGUUUGCGCUGAUCCUUCUGGCGUGAUUAGGGGGAAAAUCAUUAUACCUUCCACCAUGAACCACUCAAGUACAGUCUUAACUCUCCAUACAGCACACGGGGAUCUAAUCCGCACGUUUGUCGGCCGGGAUGGCUCGUUCGUGCUAUCCGACGUACCGUCCGGUGUGCAUCUCCUUCAACCCUUCCACUUAUUGCUCAUCUUCCCAGAGAUCCGCGUGGAGAUAAACCGCAAGGGCACACUGGUGCGCGCGUCCCUCAGCCACAAUCGCCAUUUGGUGCUGCACAGCCCCCUCGUCAUUCGACCUGCCGGGGAGGCUCAAUACUACGAGAAGCGCAAGCCCUUCGAUGUGUGGAGCUUUGUCAAGAGCCCCUACGGCAUAAUGAUUGUCAUAUCUGUGUUCGCGAUUGUGGUGUUCCCACGCAUGAAAAUGGACCCGGAGGACUACAAGGAGCUGCAGGAGCAGAUGCGAGGAGCUAGCAAUGGCCAGGCAGAGGGCGGUCAGGUGGCGGGGCAGCGGCAGCAGGCUGCCCGGCUGCGCGACAGGUGAUUGAUUUGAAACCCCUCUCUGUGCAGCCAUUAAUUCUGGCGGCGGUAAUGGCCAGUGAUGAUUAUUGGUGGCCCUGGACGGCUGGGCACAGCUGGACCGCAGCAUCUUGAUGCUGGAUGGGCAAUGUC